AUGGCUCGUACCAAGCAAACAGCUCGCAAGUCCACUGGUGGUAAAGCACCCCGAAAGCAACUCGCUACUAAGGCUGCCCGCAAGUCUGCCCCCACUACUGGUGGUGUGAAGAAGCCCCAUCGUUAUAAGCCCGGUACCGUUGCUCUCCGUGAAAUCCGUCGUUAUCAGAAAUCCACUGAAUUGUUGAUUCGCAAGUUGCCCUUCCAGCGUCUUGUUCGUGAGAUUGCCCAAGAUUUCAAGACCGAUUUGCGUUUCCAAUCAUCUGCUAUUGGUGCUUUGCAAGAAGCUGCCGAAGCCUAUCUCGUCUCUCUCUUUGAAGACACCAACCUUGCAGCCAUCCACGCCAAGCGUGUUACUAUCCAGCCCAAGGAUAUUCAGCUUGCUCGUCGUCUUCGUGGCGAACGCUCGUAA